UCCUAGCUAGCACUGAACGCUGGGCCUAUGUCUGUGCCCGAGCCAGAGCCCGAGCCGGAAUACGGCUCCGGCUACACCAAUAGCAUACCCAUCAGGCACGGCGACGACCUGGGCUACGUGACCAACGCGUACGGCUUCAGCUUUAGUUUCGGUUAUAUCAACGGGUUCAGCAGGGAGAACAACGUUCCAAUAAACAAUCAGUUUAAUGAGCGCGACAACAACGGCGACGGCGGUAAUGGCGACAACGGCGAAUACUUCUUUGGCGGCCCAGGUAAUGGCAACCGCUGCAGUUGCGGCCACGAUUACGAAUACAUGGAGUAGUUCGCUAAAAAAACGUGACAUUCUCGACUAUAUGUAUUCAUUCAUAUCCGUAUAUAUAUAAUAAUCAAUUCAAUGUUUGUUAGUCAGGUUGAUGUAUUACCACGUAUUCGUAUUCGGAUUGUGUACCAGUAAAUGUGCUGCGAGCACUGUUUACGUACUUAGGAAACAUCGUCCCGAUCAGGACUUGUACUUACGGACAUUUGAUUCUAUGUUUGUCCAAGAUAAGAUUGAAUUGGAUUGCAUCGUACUGGGCUAUGUCCCUGUACGGGGUUCAUUAGGAACCUUUUUCUCGAACAGAGGUUUUUUUUAAAUCUUAUAAUAAUAAACAUAUAUUAAUCACACUGAAGAUUUCAGAUAGUUAUUAUAAACAAGUUUAAUCAUUAUAUACUCCCUUUUGUGUGAACGCAUUUUUAUUCGUAGUAUUUUUGUAGUAGUACACAUGUAUGUUCUACACGUAAUAUACAGGAUGUAAUAGGACUUCCGGUGUCAAUACACUACACCACAUCUCGUUAUUCGAAAACAGAAUUAGGAAUAUAACCCGAAGGUUAUAUAGAUUCAGUAUUUCGUGAUCCCGCAAUGAAUGCGUACAAAAUUCGGGGUCAACAACCGCACCCAGUAUGCAACAAGCGAUGGAACCUCGUCCAAGUCUCUUUCGCGGCGUCAGCCAAUCACUUAUUGUGUUAUGUACGAUCAGCAGUAGAAUUGCAUGGGAUAAAUAAUUUAUUAUAUAUUAUAUAAAGAUGAUUUUAUAUAAAUAAUAUAUUAAAUAUAAAGACAAUUAUUGUCUUUAAUUUCGAGAUCUUGUUCUAUUACAUCCUGCAUAUCAUAACAGCGAUGCGUCGGAGUUAAAUAAUUAAUCAUGUAGAUUUAAGUCAUUGUCGAGAAUGAUCACGUAAGCCGUUUUAUUACAUUUCAUUAGUAUUUAUAUAAUAAUAAACGUAGUGUUUAUAUGUAAUAGUAAUGGUGGAAUUAUGAUUCUGAGGUGUAUUGGUCCGGUGUUCGAUCGUUGCCUGCAACAUUUUUUUUUUAAUAUGAACGCCUAACCUAUCUACGUAAAUGAACGGUAGAUUCAAAUUAAUUAACAUCAAUAAAACAGAUGUAAUGGCUUAAUUAUGAAUAAAACAUACCGUUUCUUUUUCUUCUAUUGUGGGUAUGUAACGACAACUCGGAUUGUUAAACGAUCUCAUUUUCAAAGCGAACCUAUGAGGGGACCGCGUCAAUCGCGCCGCUCUAUUUAGUGUUUUUUUUUUCCAAGAUAACUUAGCAAUUAAACCAUUUCGUAUAAUAAUCAUAAUCUAUAGUAUUUCCGGAGCGCCUAAUGGCUGCACGCUAAGAUUUAGCCGCCCGAACAAACAUUCCAAGCUAUCAAUGUGUAACGAUCAAAUGUUUUGUGGAUUAUUGGUAUGAUGACGGCGCCGUCCAUCGAUGAGCGUUUCGCGACUAACGACGGUAGUGUCGACCAAAACGAUCAUUUUGGAGC